AUGUCAGUCCAUUGGAAAGAUGAACCCAAUCCAUUAAAGCAAAUCCGUCUUGUAGAUGUUGAAACUGCGUCAGACCUAUGUUGGACCACAAUUAUAUGUGGGAAUCAAACCGAAAAGAGCAGUUUAGCAUAUCAUUUAAAGGAAUGUGAACUCGAUAACAAGCUGGAUAUGCCUAUCUAUUAUAUACUUAAGUAUUAUAAAAGUGUGUUAAAAGAAACUAAUGCUAUAAUGGCUGAGCAGAUGUGUAAAGUAGCUGAAUAUUUUAUUAUCAAUACUAUUAGCUGUCAGCGGUUAAUGGUAAAACGUAAUGCAAUUAACAAGUACAGGGAGGUGGCAUCUGUAGCUUUCAUAUCAUUAUAUGAUUCACAUUAUUUUGCAAUAGGAAUAAAAGUGCAUAAUCUUUUAAGUGCCAUAAAGGGUCUCAAAAAUAAAUAUCCUGUAACUGGCUUAGACUUUACAUUAUUAUAUCUGAAUCUUAUCAUGACAUACAAUCUCUCACCUGAUAAAAUUAUUUUAUCUCGAAAGCAUGCCAAUUCUCUAAGAAAAGUGGAUAAAAGGGAAGAAUUAGAAAAGGAGAUUAGUUUAGCAGAAGCAAGGGGUGAGGUCAUUACAAAUGCUUUAAAAUCUGAAUACUCUUCAGUUUCCUUCAAUGUCGCUUGUCUAGAUGCUCAACAACUCACUUAA